GCGGAAGACUGCGGGAGCGCCGGAGGUAUGGCGUCUCCGGUGCCGUCGUGGAGCCGGCUGGACCGAAGGCAAGAACGCGACGUGCGCGAGCUCGUCCGCCUUGUGGCGGGGGUCCAGGACGAGGCAGACCCCAACUUCCAGCUCGCCUUGCACUUCGCUUGGUCCAACUUCAGAUUUCAUCGUUUCUUAGAUGUCAACAGCCACAAAGUAGAAAAGACAAUAGAAGGGAUUUAUGAAAAAUUCAUCAUUCAUUCUGAUCUCAGCAAAGCUGCUAGUUGGAAGAGAUUAACUGAGGAAUUUCUAAAUGCAUCACUUCCAAGCAUAAAGGAAAUCAAGACAGAUGCACAUUAUUCCAUACUGUCACUUCUUCUAUGUCUGUCUGAUUCUCCUUCAAACAGCAAUUAUGUGGAAACACCAAGAGAUAAAGAAGUGGAAAAGAAAGACGAUUUCGACUGGGGAAAAUACUUGAUGGAAGGUGAAGAAAUUGACCUUGGCCCAAAUGUAGACACACCAAAUUGGUCUGAAGAAAGUGAAGAUGAAGAUGAUCAACAGCCUUUAAGCAGAGAGGACUCUGGGAUUCAGGUGGACAGGACGCCAUUAGAAGAACAAGAUCAAAACAAAAAACCGGGACCUCAAGUCAGCUGGAAAGAUGAGGCAGAUGCCCGAAGCUGGCUGGAACAACAUGUGGUCCGUCAGUACUGGACAGUCAGGUCCUCGAGGUUUCCUCAUAGUUUACAUUUGCACUCCAAUCUAGCUGCUGUCUGGGACCAACACUUGUACAGCAGUGACCCAUUAUAUGUUCCAGAUGACAGAGUUUUUGUUACUGAAACGCAGGUUAUUCGGGAAACCCUGUGGUUACUUUCAGGGGUAAAAAAGCUCUUUAUAUUUCAGCUGAUAGAUGGAAAGGUAACUGUGAGGAACAACAUUAUAGUAACUCAUUUGACACAUAGCUGUUUACGAUCAGUGCUAGAACAAAUAGCAGCAUAUGGCCAGGUUGUGUUUCGACUCCAGGAGUUUAUUGAUGAAAUCAUGGGGCACAGCUCUGAAAGCAUGUUCCCUGGAAAUGGUUCCGUUCCUAAGAAGUCGACAGAAGCACCUUUUAGAACAUACCAGGCUUUCAUGUGGGCCCUGUACAAAUACUUCAUUAGUUUCAAAGAGGAACUUACAGAAAUUGAGAAGUGCAUCAUCAAUAAUGAUACUACAGUAACUCUUGCAAUAGUGGUGGACAAGUUGUCACCUCGAUUGGCUCAGCUCAAGGUUCUGCACAAAGUGUUUAGUACUGGAGUAGCAGAAGUUCCACCUGACACUCGAAAUGUCGUUCGAGCAUCUCACCUGCUCAACACCCUGUACAAAGCCAUCCUUGAAUAUGACAAUGUUGGAGAAGCCUCUGAGCAAACUGUCUCCUUGCUGUUCUCGCUCUGGGUGGAGACCGUGCGGCCCUACCUGCAGACUGUAGAUGAGUGGAUCGUGCAUGGGCACCUGUGCGAUUGUGCCCGGGAGUUCAUCAUCCAGAGAAACAAGAAUGUUCCGGUAAAUCACAGAGACUUUUGGUAUGCAACUUACACGCUAUACAGUGUAUCGGAAAAGACAGAAAACGAAGAAAAAAUGAGUGAUAACGCUAGUGCGAGUUCUGGCAGUGAUCAAGGGCCCUCCAGCAGGCAGCACACCAUGGUGUCCUUCCUGAAACCCGUCCUCAAGCAGAUCAUAAUGGCUGGCAAGUCAAUGCAGCUGCUGAAGAACCUGCAAUGCAUGGAGAGCACCACAUGGCAAGCCACGGCCAGAGAUGCAGAAAGAAAAAGUCUGUAUACCCUGUUUCUGGAGUCUGUGCAGUCUCGUCUUCGACACGGAGAAGACUCCACUGCACAGGCCCUCACUGAGCAGCAGGCCACCAGAGAGACCCUCAUUAAGAUGCAGUCCAUUGCCAAGAGGCAUCUCGAACUGGAUGAUGUUCAUGAUCCGCUGCUGGCGAUUAAUUUUGCAAGGUUGUAUUUGGAACAGAGUGACUUUCACGAGAAGUUUGCUGGUGGAGACAUAUGUGUGGAUAGAUCAUCAGAAUCUGUGACUUGCCAGACUUUUGAAUUAACGCUGAGAUCUUGCCUCUAUCCUCAUAUUGACAAGCAGUAUCUAGAUUGCUGUGGAAACCUCAUGCAAACUCUAAAAAAAGAUUACAGGUUGGUUGAGUACUUGCAGGCCAUGAGGAAUUUCUUCUUAAUGGAAGGGGGAGAUACCAUGUAUGACUUCUACACAUCAAUUUUUGAUAAAAUAAGAGAAAAGGAAACCUGGCAGAAUGUGUCUUUUCUUAAUGUCCAGCUUCAAGAAGCAGUAGGACAACGUUAUCCUGAAGACAGUUCACGUCUGUCUAUAUCUUUUGAAAAUGUUGACACAGCUAAGAAGAAACUCCCUGUUCAUAUCUUAGAUGGUCUGACCCUGAGCUAUAAGGUCCCAUGGCCUGUGGACAUUGUUAUAAGUUUGGAAUGUCAAAAAAUUUAUAAUCAGGUGUUUCUUCUCUUAUUGCAAAUAAAAUGGGCAAAAUAUAGUCUGGAUGUUUUACUGUUUGGUGAACUAGCUAGUCCUGCUGAAAAACCGCAACUUGAAGGACUUUUAGGUGGACAAGACACAGCUGCUAAUUUUGGACCACAGAAGGAGCCAGUAAGACAGCAGAUUCAUCGUAUGUUCCUCUUAAGAGUGAAGCUCAUGCACUUUGUGAACAGCUUACACAACUACAUCAUGACCAGGAUUCUUCACAGUACAGGGCUGGAGUUUCAACAUCAAGUCGAAGAAGCCAAGGAUUUAGAUCAAUUGAUUAAAAUUCACUAUAGAUACUUGUCAACCAUCCAUGAUCGAUGUCUGCUGAGAGAAAAGGUCAGUUUUGUGAAGGAAGCCAUCAUGAAGGUGUUGAACUUGGCCCUCAUGUUUGCAGAUGGUUGGCAGGCUGGCCUGGGGGCGUGGCAUGGAAUCUCUAGCACUGUCACUCAUGGCUGGCAUGGAGCAAACAUCUUCAGUGUAGUAAAUGCCUCCGAUUUAAUCUUCAUACGUAUACAUUUCCACCACAUGCAGCUGCGAAACGGGAAUCUAUCUUGGUUUGUUUUUAAAACUGUUGUCUACUGUCUAGACAAGAGGGUUUUAUGUGUUUUCUCUGGAGAUUAUUGAGUUUCCAAGGGAAGAUUAACGAAGUUUAAAUUGGGGGAAGAAUAGACUUCACGAAGUGUCACCAGUUGGUUUCUUUGGGAAGGAGCCUCCAAGAUUCAGAGUGCCCAGUGGGGAGAAGGGAAAGGGCGAUGAACUGGCUGGAGAGAAAAGCCAGCCCUGCAGGGCUGAGACAAUAGGCUUCUAUCCCUCACCUUCAUCAGUCCUUGGUUGUGGGUCCCUAGGGCAAGCAUGACCUCUCCAGCUGAGGCCACCCCAGGAGCAGCGACACUGCAACUGUCUGCUGGCAGUGCACCAGCACAUCAGCUACACUCAUCAGGUGAUUCUUGAGUCAUCUAAAUAAAGGACUUCUACACUAACUCUAAGUAAGAACUGCUCUUUAACUAGUUUGUGUAGGAAAGUUAAUGCUGUGAUGUACAUUAAAUUGCCUUCUCCUCGUGGAAAAGAUGGGACCUCUUUCACUUAAUUUUUCUUCUCGUUCUCUUUGGACCUUUAAUCUUAACGGUUUUCCAUUUGGGCAUGUUAGGAGCUUGGAAGUCAUCACUCCCAUCCUUGGAACAAGAAAAAGGCUGAACAAAAUGAAGAUCAGUAGCCCUUCUUAGACCCAUCAGACUUGAGGUCAGAGGGCAAACUGCUGCCCCCAAAAUUGGAGAGACAAGCAGACAUAGAGAAUCACAUUAUACCAGAGCAAUAGCAGAAACCUCUUCAGGAGCCAGAACCAAGCUAAGGAAACUUAAAUCAUAAUUGACAAAUCGCUAGAGGCUCAAUGUGGACAAGACUCUGAGCUAAAAACUCCAGGGGGCCCAUACUUGAGGGAUGGGGCAUACUUUUGUGAGUUUAAGGAGGGCUACCAGGUUUUCACAGUGAAGAUCAGAGAGAAAUCCUCUUGUGUUUCUGGCAUGAGGAAGAGAAUAGUAUCCAUUUUGUAAUAUGCCCAGAGAAUUCUGUUUUUAGCCAGGCUGAGUAGAGGGAAACUUUUACCAGAGCCGAAUGAACCUGGAGGAAGGGAAACACCGAAUUCCAGCCCCUUCUAGUCUUGCUGUGUCACCUAAGAGACAGAGACAGAGACAGAGAGAGUGUGUGUCUGUGUGUAUAGCGGGUGGAGGGAGGAGAUAACUGAGAAGCACUUGUAAAGGUCAUAGCACAGGGGCACAGGCUGACAGGACUGAGAGCUAAUCAUAGCUAAUCAUAGUACUACAAAAUGCUUUUCCUCCUCCACACCUUGCUGCCCCACUAGUAGGGCUUCUGUGUAACAGGGGAAUACAAUGAAUUACAACUGUAAGCUAAAACCUUAUUUAAUAAGAAGUCUCCAGGGAAGCCUGACUACAGUAGGAUACAGAAACCAGGACACCAGAGGAAAUUGUAGCUUCUGACACCUACCGCUACAGCAAAUGGUAAAACAGUCUAACUGCUACCCAGAUAAACCUGUUUGCCUCAUAUCCUUUUACCCAGCACAGCAUGUCCAGCUUCUAUCAAAAAGCAAAAAAACAGUUUGAAGAGACAGCAAGCAUCAGAACUGGACUCAGAUUUGGCAGAAAUGUUGGAAUUAUUAGACUGGGGACUUAAAACAACUAUGAUUAAUAUGCUAAGGGCUCUAAUGGAAAAAGUGGAUGCCAUACAAGAACAGAUAGGCAAUGUAAGUAGAGAGAUGGAAACUCAGUAAGGACAUGGUUGAACUGAACUGGAUCAGUUAGUCAUUUUUAAAUUACUUCAACAGAAUACAAUUCAAACUUAGAGAACAUUCAACAUGAUAGGCCACAUUUUUGGCCAUAAACUACACCUUAACAAAUUUUUUAAAAUAGAAAUCAUACAGACUAUGCUCUCAGACCACAAUGUGAAUGGAAUGAACAAGC